AUGGGAAAAUCUUCAGGCUCGGAGGAGGGUGAAGUGAAGAAAGGGCCAUGGACUCCGGAAGAAGACGAGAAGCUCGUCGGUUAUAUUCAGACGCACGGUCCCGGAAAAUGGCGUACACUUCCCAAGAACGCCGGGUUAAAAAGAUGCGGGAAGAGUUGUAGAUUGCGAUGGACGAAUUAUCUAAGACCCGAUAUCAAGAGAGGAGAGUUCUCUCUUCAAGAGGAAGAGACUAUCAUUCAACUUCAUCGUCUUCUUGGAAACAAAUGGUCCGCCAUUGCUAUUCACUUGCCAGGACGAACAGAUAACGAGAUCAAGAACUAUUGGAACACACAUAUAAAAAAGAAACUCUUACGAAUGGGGAUUGAUCCCGUUACUCAUUGUCCCCGAAUCAAUCUUCUUCAGCUCUCUUCGUUACUUACCUCAUCUCUCUUCAAAUCUAUGUCACAACCGAUGAAUACUCCAUUAGAUUUCACUACUUCAAAUAUUAAUCCCGGGAUCUUGAAUCACCUCACUGCCUCUCUCAACAACGUUCAGACCGAAUCGUACCAACCAAACCAACAGCUUCAAAACGACCUAAAUACUGAUCCAACCAGUUUCACUGGUUUGCUCAACUCGACACCAUCGGUUCAACGGCAAAACAAUGGAGAAUACUGGGAAAAUUAUCUCAAUUAUACCGGUUCGAGUGACCAAUCUAUUAACCAAGUCCAUCUAACCGGAAACUACUCAUCCGCCGGAUUUGUCUCUGACGAAAUUAAUGACGGUGAGAACUUCAAAGCCGGUUGGGAUUUCAGUUCAUUAAUGCUACCGGGAACUUCUUCAAAUAGCUCGACACCGUUGAAUUCGUCGUCGACUAUUUUUAUCAAUGGUGGAAGCGAAGAUGAUAGAGAGAGUUACGGUAGCGACAUGUUGAUGUUUCAUCAUCAUCGUGAUCAGAAUAAUAAUGCUUUGAAUCUAUCAUAA